AUGCCCACUUAUGUGAAAUCCAUGAAAGAAAUUCUUUCAAGAAAAAGGAGGCUAGAAGAGUUUGAGACUGUUGCUCUUACACAAGAGAGCAGUCAAUAUCUGCUUAGUAAGAUACCUCCUAAACUAGGAGACCCAGGAAGUUUUACAAUCCCAUGUACCAUAGGAGACCAUUACAUAGGCAGAGCUUUGUGUGAUUUAGGUGCUAGUAUCAAUUUAAUGCCUCUGAGUGUGUACAAAAAGCUGAAGGUAGGAGAGCCAAAUCCUACCACUGUCACCUUGCAGUUGGCUGAUAGGUCCCUAGUUUAUCCUGAAGGAAAGGUAGAGAAUGUCUUGGUGAAGGUAGAUAAGUUUAUUCUCCCAGCUGAUUUUAUAAUCUUAGACUAUGAGGAAGACCGAGAGGUUCCAAUUAUUUUGGGAAGGGUUUUCUUAGCCACUGGUGGGGCUGUCAUAGAUGUAAAAGAGGGGAGUUAA